GUGAUCCUCCGAGGGGGCGGGCAGACGUCCCACAGUCCCGAGGAAGAGUUGAGACUUGAGAGAGUCGAGCCGAGCCGAGCCGAGCCUCCACGCGGAGGACACUUUGUGGCCCCCAUGCUCGUCUUGUGGCAUCCGUUCGACGACGAGGAAGAGGAAGAAGAGGAGGGAGGCGGCGAUGUUCAGGCGACCCACCGAGGAGAAGUUCGGACGUGUGCCGCUUAGCUUCCUCGAGUAGACUUCGGAGCAACUGUUUUUUUUUGUUUUUGUUUUUUUUAUUAUUACUGGGGGGGGGGCGUAAAACCUUCCGACGAGGUGGGUCGACGCGGAUGUAGACGCCGCGAGCUGCUGCUGCUACUACUGCUGCGUCUUCCUCGCCAAGAACCGCGUGGAAGGCGGCGGGCAUGCAGGUGAAGAGUCCCCGGGAGUCGCACCAGGGCGGUGGGGACAACAUGCUGGAAGUGGACGAGACCCGCAAGAAGUCCUCGUGCUUCUCAAAUAUCAAGAUAUUCCUCAUUUCGGAAUGUGCCCUCAUGUUGGCUCAGGGCACCGUGGGAGCAUACCUGGUGAGUGUGCUGACUACCCUAGAGCGGCGCUUCAACUUGCAAAGCGCCGACGUCGGCGUGAUCGCCAGCAGCUUUGAGAUCGGCAACCUGGCCCUGAUCCUGUUUGUCAGCUACUUUGGGGCCAAGGCGCAUCGGCCCCGCCUGAUCGGCUGCGGGGGCAUCAUCAUGGCUCUCGGCGCCCUCCUCUCCGCUCUCCCCGAGUUUUUGACUAACCAGUACGAGAUAGGGGACACGUGGAGGACUGACGUGGGGCGGGACGUGUGCUCCAACGCCAGCAGCAGGGAGGUCCAGUUGGCAGAGGACACUGUGUGCGCCAACAAGACCAACACCAACAUGAUGUACCUGCUGCUAAUCGGAGCUCAGGUCCUACUGGGCAUCGGCGCAACGCCUGUGCAGCCCCUGGGUGUGUCUUACAUUGACGAUCAUGUUAAGAAGAAAGACUCGUCUCUCUACAUAGGAAUCCUCUUUUCCACUCUGGUCUUUGGGCCUGCCUGUGGCUUCAUCCUGGGCUCCGUCUGCACAAAGUUCUACGUGGACGCUAUAUUCAUUGAGAUAGACAAGCUCAGCAUCACCCCGGAAGACCCCCGGUGGAUCGGGGCCUGGUGGGCAGGCUUCCUCCUGUGCGGCGCCUUACUCUUCUGCUCGGCGAUCUUUAUGUUCGGCUUCCCUCAGUCGUUGCCCACCAAGGACAGAGAGGAGGGGCUGGACAGUGAGCAGGCCAUGCUUCCUCCAGCUCCUCUCAGUUCAGACUCGGAGACUCCCAAGCCCAGCAACGGAGCCGUGAGCAACCACGAGCGGGACAAGAGCCCCACCUGCUGUCAGCAACUUAGGGUCAUCCCCAAGGUGACCAAACAUCUGCUGUCCAACCCCGUGUUCACCUGCAUUGUCCUGGCCGCCUGCAUGGAGAUCGCUGUCGUGGCUGGCUUCGCCGCCUUUUUGGCCAAAUACCUGGAGCAACAGUUCAACCUCACCACCACCUCGGCCAACCAACUGCUAGGUAUGACGGCCAUCCCAUGCGCGUGCCUGGGAAUCUUCAUGGGCGGCCUGCUGGUGAAGAAGCUCAAUCUGUCUGCGUUGGGAGCCAUCCGCAUGGCCAUGCUGGUCAACCUGAUCUCCACCGCCUGCUACAUCUCCUUCCUGUUCCUGGGCUGUGACACAGGCUCCGUCGCGGGGGUGACGGUCAUGUACGGCAACAACACGUUGCAGGUGGGCAAGAAGCCAGAAGCGGCGUGCAUCAGUCAGUGUAACUGCUUCACGUCGUCCAUCAGCCCCGUGUGCGGCUCCAACGGCGUCACCUACCUGUCGGCCUGCUUCGCCGGAUGCACACACACUGUCGCUCAGAACCUGAGCGGAUGCGCUUGCGUGUCCGCCGAGAGCGAAUUAGCCACGGCGGUUCCGGGGAAAUGUCCGACGUCCGGCUGCCAGGAGGCUUUCCUUAUUUUCCUGUGCAUCAUCUGCUUGUGUAGCCUGGUGGGCGCCAUGGCCCAGACGCCCUCCGUCAUCGUCCUCAUCAGGACCGUCACCCCCGAACUCAAGUCAUACGCACUUGGCGUCUUGUUUCUUUUGCUACGACUCCUUGGCUUCAUCCCACCGCCCCUGAUCUUCGGCGCGGGCAUCGACUCCACGUGCCUGUUCUGGAGCUCGGACUGCGGCGAAAAAGGCGCGUGCUUGCUGUACGACAACCUGUCCUACCGCCGCCUGUAUGUGAGCCUGGCCAUCAUCCUCAAGGCGGUUGCCUUCCUCCUGUACACCACCACGUGGUACUGCCUCCGCCGCAACUACAAUGCCUAUAUCAAGAGCCACGAGGCCAACAUGGCGCCCAGCGACUUCUACCCGUCGCUCUCAGACGCUCCCAAAGUGGACAGGACGCAGUUCAUAUACAACCUGGAGGACCAUGAGUUUUGCGAAAACAUGGAGUCGGUUUUAUAGGACCCAGCCGGCGGGAGGACGCCGAUUCUGGAUUUUGCCAAGGAAUUUCGGCCCCUGUCGUAUUUAACGGCGAUGAACUGCUGCUGGUGCAACUCUCCAUCCUCGAAACAUGGGUCCAUUUUAGCUGGUGCGGCGCUAGUAGGGUUGCAAAUGGAACAUUUCCAGUACAUUUAUGGAAAGUUCUCUUAAAUUUCUGUGGGAAGUUAAGAUGGGAAAUUUGGGAAAUACAAUACAGUCAACCAACCGGCAUUUGCUAAUUUGCCCGUUUUGCUUUGGCGCCACCGGUGGCAUCUUUGUGUCAAUGAAGUAUGUUGCCAUCAUUUGGGACAUAUGCACAUGUUUUAAAACCAAAAAAAAAGUUUAUCAUUGCUUAUAGAUGCCACAAGAUAGUGGCAAAGCACUUGUGGCAUUUAUAGGCAAUUGUAAACCUUUUUUCUGGUUUUACAAUGUGUCUAAAUGAAUACAGAUAGAAUAAAACUUCAAUUUAAUAAUAAUAACCCUAUAAAUUGCUCAAAAUUCGCAAAAACAUCCCAUGGCAAGUUUCCAGCGUUGGAAAUUGCUGGAAUUUUGCAACUCCAGUCGCUAGGCGGACAAAGAUGACAAAUGUUUAUUUAGAGCUUAGAUCAUUACUGUACUAGAGUGGAUGAUAGUUUCACUAUUUGUACAGCUCUGGCACGGCAGCAGUUAAGUGUGUGUUCAAGGAGUGUCUGGGCCACUUGGAAAACUGAAAAUAUGUUACCGGAAUAAUGUCAAAAUGUAAAUUGAGAAUUCAAAUAAUUAAAAUAUUACAAGAACAAAUGUUUUUAUACUCAUAUGCCCGUUUGAUAUGGACCUGCCUGCAGUAAAGAUUACAAUACAAGAAUAUAUUUUAAAUAUUACAAGAAUAGAGUUGAAUACUAUAACAAAAAUUAAGUAAUAAUACUACAAGGUUGCCAUAUUACCAGAAAGAAUACAAGAAUAAAUAUUACAUUAAAUAGAAUAUAUACAUAUUACAAGAAUGAAGUUGAAAUGGAAAGAUACAUUUCGAAAGAGUACAAGAAUGAAGUUGAGCUAUUACAAGUAUAUAUUUGAAAUAUUACAAGAAUAAAUCCAAACUUUGACAAGAACACUUUCAAAAUGUCUCCUUUCCAUCGUGCCCGUGAUACUCCUUGGCACUAAACUAAGAUGAGGACAAAAGUUGCAGCGUUCGUUCGUAGUUACUGUUCGUCAAGGUGUUUACAAGUCAUUUGAUCGGAAGAGCGGAACCCAGUCUUAACGUUUUACUCCAGUGGCCUCGUAGACCUUUUUGAAGUCAUGCUGGAUCGCUCCCCCUUUGUCGCGGAUGUGCAAACGUGCGACGUCUUCACCUCGUUCGUCACUGGCGUGUGUCUUGUGUCACACCGCAGUUUAUUCAACUUAAUUUGUCUUAAUAAGGGAGCAUAUUGUACCAAUAAGAUUGUUCUUCUUUGGAUUACGACACAUAGGUGAGGCGUGCAUUAGCAUAUGAAGAAAAGUUAUAUUUUUGCGUGUAUUGGGGAAAAAAAAGAAAAGAAAUGAGUAAUAUAUUUAUCUUUUUGAAGCCCAGGAUGCUCUAUUAGAUGUCAAUAUUGAGAUAUAAAGUCCGUUGUUGUACAGAGGAUGGUUUGCAGUGAGAGUAGUAAAUGUGUUGCACAUAAGUUUUGUGCAAGCUAAAAAUCCUCAUCAGGACCCUGUAUUCGUGUGCGUGCUCGCGUGCGUGUACCAAAUGUACAUUUCUGGCGUGGACUUGUUCCGAUGCUACUGAUUUCUCUGCAGUUCUAGUUUGGACCUUUUCGUACACCUUUUCUAUGCCAUUUAUUUUACUCUAGAAAUAAAUACCUUUUUUCAAUUAAAAAGUA